AUGGAAACUCCGGUUCGGCUGUCGCCACAAGUCCAGCGGAUUCAACAAAGCUCUCCCUACACUGACAUCUUCACUGGUGCACCUGCCAUCGUUCAGUCUCGGCAAAAUACGCAGCGUCAAGAUCCAGCAAAAACCCAUGCUCACCCUGAGCCCAGUCGAUGGAAAAACCCUGAAGGCUGGGGCGCUCGUCACAUCAAUGAUACAGCCCCGUUUACGCUAUGGGAUCCAGAAAAACGCCGGUUCCGAUCCCCAGAUCAGUUAGAACUACAGUGGAUUCGCAAGAAAUUUGGCGCUGCAUACUUCGGACAAUGUGGUUGGUACAUGUGGAUUGAGACUGAAGCACCUCCUCGGCCGAUUCCUUUGACUGUCGGAUGCAUGCCGGUGAAAUUUUCUGGGCCUGGGUCAUAUGCCACCGAUUCCAUUCCAGAGGCCCCGUAUCCAAGCCCGCGGAUUGAAGAUCCUUGCCCGACCCUUACUUGGCCCAAGAUGGCCUUCCCGACGAAAGAGCAGAAUGUCGCUCUUCUUACAGCUCUGAGCCCCCUGGCACACAUACGAGCAAUAUUAUAUUUACCUACCUGGACUGUUGUUGAGCUGUCUUAUGGUGAUAGCCACAUUUAUAAGCCGCGAUCCUUACCUGGGACAGUGGCAGGUCGUACCACACUAUACCACCACGGCGAAGAACCCUUCUAUGCCAGAAUGAAAAAACAGACCCGAGCCCGGUACAUAGAUCCUUUGCAAUAUACGGCAAGCUCGGGGCCUUUGCCUCAAGAUUAUUCGAACUAUCUGAGGCGUUCAUACCUGAGCCCAGGCUGCAGAGUCGAGAGUGGCCUUGGCCCUACAGGAUCCCGCUAUGAAUCUUCCAGCGCAGCAACCACAUUGGGAAUUAAAAUCCGCAAUGGUCGAGGCGAUGAGUUUGUGACAAUAGCGCACCAUGGUUUUCUCCACUCUGGCGACGUUUAUCACCCCAAAACUGGGGAGGAUAUCAUUGGCACAAUUUCAGAUACUCGCCCGGAAUUAGAUAUUGCAUUCGCGAAGCUGACGCCAGCAGCCUCGACAAAUUUCAGGAAUGAAUGUUAUUUCCAAGCAGAACCACCCAAGAGGCUUGUAUCAGGCGAUGCGAUUGAGGCCGGCUCAUGGAGUGAAGCGGACGGUAUGAGCUCUGGUUUGAUUAGCCUAAUGGCGAUCGGUCGGCGUUUUGAGGCCCCAGUUCGCCCUUCAGGUCACCCAGUGAUCCCAUUUGCAGAGUGGAAGGCAAUAUCGGUCAAUGCGAUUUUUGGCGCUAUGAACCCGACGAUAUCAGAAGGAAUUUGUGGAGCUCCAAUCGUGCAAUGUGAAACAGGCGAAGUAGUUGGCUUUUUCCAUCUAUCCGAUGGAACGAAUUGUCUUACUGCGGAUUUAGAUGAUUUGAUAGCCGAAGGGUGGCAAGUGGUCUAG